AGCGCGGGCGCGUUAAGAAGAGUGAUUUUGGUGGAAAGUUUGAGUUCAGAGUUUCCUGCAGACAACACCCUGCACGCGCACAGGUGAGGUAAGAUAAGAGACGGACAUCCAGAGGCACCGGGAGGACGCAGCGCUCCAGGCCGGACCGAGGAGCUGCACCGCCGGCAUGAAGAUCGAGUUCGCCCCGCUGAACAUUCCUCUGCGGAGGAGGCUGCAGACCGCCGCCGUCCUGCAGUGGGUCUUCUCCUUCCUGGCUCUGGCUCAGUGCUGUCUAGCGGCCUUCAUCCUCCUUGCCCUCUCUGAUUGGUGGAUGGUGGCUUUGCUCUAUGCUGGUUGGCUGUGGCUGGACUGGGACACACCCACCAGCGGGGGUCGGAGGUCACGCUGGAUGAGGGGUUGGAGUGUGUGGGAGCACUUCAGGGACUACUUCCCACUGACGCUGGUUAAAACGGCCGAUCUGGACCCAAAGAAGAACUACAUCUUUGGAUUCCACCCGCACGGUGUACUGGUGGCAGGGGGAUUUGGGAACUUCUGCACAGAGGCGACGGGUUUCUCUCACCUGUUUCCUGGACUGAAGCCCCACCUGCUGAUGCUGCCGUUCUGGUUCCGAGUGCCGUUCUUCAGAGACUACAUCAUGUGUGGAGGUCUGGUGUCCAGCUGUAAGUCCAGUCUGUCCUACCUGGUGAGCCGUCCUGAAGGAGGAAACGUGGCUGUCAUCGCAGUGGGCGGAGCUCCGGAGGCUCUGGAUGCUCGACCUGGAGCUCUGACCUUACAGGUUCGCAACAGGAAGGGCUUCAUCAAACUGGCUCUCAAACACGGAGCUCAGCUGGUUCCCGUCUUCUCUUUUGGAGAGAACGAGCUGUUUGAUCAGAUCGAGAAUCCAGCUGGCUCUCCUCUGAGGAGACUGCAGAACCGACUGCAGGGCAUCAUGGGAAUAGCCAUGCCUCUAUUUCAUGCUAGAGGAGUUUUCCAGUACAGCUUCGGCCUGGUACCCUACAGGAAGCCCAUACACACUGUCGUGGGGAAGCCGAUCCCGGUCACCCAGACUCCGAGUCCCAGCAGUGAGGACAUCGAGAGUCUUCACAAAGUUUACCUGCAGAGUCUCACUGAGCUCUUUGAGCAGCACAAACAAACCUACGGUCUCACUGAGCACCAGCACCUCACCUUCAUCUGACAUUGAUGGGAGCAUCUCAGCAUCCUGUGCUAUGAACCACGCUGACCUCUGUGUGACCUCCAUGUGAUUUCAGUACGAGCCUCUGCCCCCCAAUUCCAGCUGUGGAAACACUAGGAUGGCUAACAGGGACUAUUUCAAUAGGAAAAGCUAACACUGCUAGCAGGAACCAUUGAUAUAAAUAGGAAAGGCUAAUACUGCUAGCAGAGCCAGUCCAUUAAAACAGGAAAUGUUAACACUGCUAAUGGGAACAAUUUCAAUAGGAAAAGCUAACACUGCUAGCAGGAACCAUUGAUUGUAGUGGGCUCUGCUAGCUGUAAUGCUAACAGAGUUUUGUGGUACGACUUUCUUGUGGGUUUGUGUGCAAUAAAUAAAUGCAAUGCCAUGACA